GCUUCACUUAUGCUCCAAGCCAAAUGUAUGGCGUUUCCACUCUCAAAAUCCUCAAAAAGAAAUUCCUUUAUAGCUCAAAUAACGCUCAGGGUUUUCGCUGCCGCUUUCACAUUGGCUGCAAUCUGUGUUAUGACCACAAGCUCCCAGUCCAUCCUUCUUCUUGGUUUCAAUAUUAAUGCUCACUACAGCGACUCAUCUGCUUUGAGGUUUUUACUUGUGACGGACUCUAUUGUAUGCGCUUUCUCUGUACUUUCGGUGCUCUUUGUUUACGGGUUGAGCCGGUUAGGAUCAGAUGUGAAGUAUCAAUUCUGUGUGUUUCUGCAUGACAUGGUAAUUAUGGGGUUGGCGAUAUCUGGAUGUGCAGCGGCGACGGCGGUGGGUUAUAUCAGUAGAUAUGGGGAAGACAAAAUGGGUUGGAUGGCAGUGUGCAACCAUGUGGGAAAGCUUUGCAAUCGGAUGAUGAUAUCUAUGGUGUUCUCUUACUUGGCUUUCUUUUCUUAUUUUGCUCUUUCUUUAAUGUCCGGCAACAAACUCAUGUAUGAGUAGCAAGACCGUGAAAGACAGGCAAGCGUCGGGUUGGUUAGUUGAUUGGGAUUGGGAUUGUAAUUCCUAUUAUUAUAUUCACAUCAGAAUUUCUUAAA